AUGAACGUGGAGGCUACGUUCGAGAUUCGGCUUCUUGCUUCGCUUCUUAUAUUGAUUCCAGCUAUCACUGGGCUUGGAUUACACACUCUUCUUGCCAUUACACUCUACAGAGGCUGGAAGAAGUUCAGCAAUAUCAGUUUCUAUGUGAUUACAGUACAACUGCAGUGGUGCGAUGUUUGCGCUUUACUUCUCGACCUUUACAUUGCCUUUCCUCUUUCUCUCACUGGAAAUCAGUACAUGGGCGAUAGCAUAGCCUUAUACUACGCUCCGCUAUUUUUUGAGAGCAUAGCAUUCAACGCGCUAUUUCUGCUAUCGUUUUUAAUGAGCUUCAACCGAUUCCUUCUUUUUAUUAUUCCUCGAGUACACAACGAAUUGUUCACUUAUUGGGGGACGAGGAUGUGA